AUGGAUUCGAAACCGUACCCACACGUCGAAGAGCUCGAGAGCUCCCCCUCUUGUGACCCCCAAGCACGAGCGGAGGACCUGGUCCCAGAAACCCCUACAGCAAAGAGGAAUUGGAGGAGUUACAUCUGGGACUCACUUGACAAGUCUCCAGAAGAAAGAAAAUUCGUGUUCAAACUCGACUGCGCUCUGUUGACUUUUGGCUGUCUCGGAUACUUUAUUAAAUACCUUGAUCAAGCAAACUUGAACAAUGCAUUUGUUUCUGGAAUGAAAGAGGAUCUCAACCUUUACGGCAACCAAUUGAACUAUAUGCAGACGUGCUAUUCUGCGGGAUAUGUUAUUGGCGGCCUGCCUACCAAUAUGAUUCUCACACGCGUGAGGCCAUCUAUCUUUAUUCCAUGCAUGGAGCUCCUGUGGACUAUUUGCACCAUGGCAUCUUCUCGAGCUCGAGAUGCUCAUCAAUUCUACGCCAUCCGUUUCUUCGUUGGCUUGUUCGAAAGUGCACUCUAUCCUGGCAUGAUAUACAUCAUUGGAUCUUGGUAUCGAUCGGAUGAAUUAGCCAAGAGGUCUUGCAUCUUUCAGGCUGCCUAUCCCAUCGGUACUAUGUUCUCUGGCUAUCUGAUGGCUGCCGUCUACCACCUGGACGGCGUUGGAGGUCUUCGUGGCUGGCAAUGGCUGUAUAUCAUGGACGGCGUCAUCUCGCUCCCUGUGGCUAUUGCUGGGUUUUUCAUAAUACCCGAUUUUCCAGACAUCACUCGUGCCUGGUAUUUCACGGAACAGGAUAUCGCUCUGGCAAGAAAGCGGAUACAACUUGAAGGGCGAGCGACUCGUCAGCCGUACACGCGAGCCAAGUUCUGGAAGAUUCUGACUUCAUGGCACAUCUGGUGCCUCAUACCCCUUUACGUCUGCUGGAACAAUGGCGGUGCUUCUGGACAACCAGUCUUUGCCCAGUUUUUAAAGGACUCAACAACCCCCAAAUACAGCAUACCACAAAUCAAUAACUAUCCCACCUCGACGUACGGAGUGCAAGUCUUUUGCACUCUGGUUUUUGCCUGGACGUCCGACUCUGUCUUGAAAGGUCGAAGAUGGCCCUCAAUAAUCAUUGGAGGUAUCUUCAACAUCAUCUGCUACAUAUCACUCUGGAUAUGGGACAUCCCUGACGGCUGGCGGUGGGCAUGCUACAUUCUGAUGGGAGUCGGCGCCGCGCUUGCUGGGAUCAUCAUGAGUUGGGCUCACGAAAUCUGCUCUGCGGACAAUGAAGAGCGGGCCAUGGUCACCGGCGGCAUGAACCAGAUGGCGUACGUGAUCCAGAUCUGGCUCCCUCUGAUCAUCUGGCAGCAAAUCCAUGCCCCAAAGUAUACGGCCGGAUUCGCAACCGUCUUGUUUAUCGGUGGCCCGGUGAUGAUCGGGUUGGCUAUACUAACCAUGUGGUUGCACAAGAGAGAGAAAUACAAGUGA